GCUAGAAAUCGGGAAGCAUGGCGUGACGUCACAACCCGCUUUGUCGCUAGGAAGUAACGUAUUAAUUCCGUGUCACUUUACGUCGCCAUGGUGACAGUCUUCUCAAACACACGCAGAGUCCCCCUUGUUGGCACUAGAAAUGGUUUAAGUUAUGUAAUCACACCGAAAAAAUGGAAAAGUUAAGGUUACAGGGGGCCCCUUUCGGAAGUAAAUCACCCAGACUAUGCACUGAGGUCUAUCCUGCGAACAAGAGGUUGGGAACAUACACUCAGCUAUCUUACUCCAAGAGAAUGAUAAAUGGAACGAAAACCGAGAUUGGUCCAUUCACUUACAAUCUCACCAGUUUCACUGAGGAACUGCAAAAGAAACCUGGCAGCUUGAGAGGAAUCUGUGACACCAGAGAAAAGCGUUUUAAAGACAGCCAGUUAUUCCCCAGGAGUAUUACCCCAGGACCAGGCACUUAUGGUAAUGGGGGAAUCCCUUCAGCAGCAGUGGAGGAGAAGGCGAGAAUGUCUGUGGGGAGAUGUCCCACCAUUGGCCGUGCCAAACGAUUUGGUUGUGACACUGGGGACAGUGGUUUGGGUCCAGGUACAUACAACUUGAAAAGCUUCACUGAGCUGAUGCUGAGUCGCAAAGUGGGUAAAGAUAGACCGUACUACCUGUCCACUAGAACACGAGAACUCUUCAGUCCUCCUAAAGGUGUGUGUCCAGACCCUUGCAAGUACCCCAUAGAGUUGCCCAAGUUUGGUGAAGACCUGCAGAAGCCUGAAAAGAGGAAACAUGGGGUGUUUGGAAUUAUCGAGCAAUACCCGGCCAUCCCUACUGAGAGAAUCUACCUAUCCACCUUGUCACAGUGCUCACGACCUGUGACAUCUCCCGGGCCAGGCUGGUACAACGUUGCUGCUAUGACUCCAAAGUAUCGAUCGGGAAGUGGCAAACAAGCCCCCUUCCUUUCCACUGCCCCACGGACAAGCAAGAGGACAGAGAUGAUGCUAAAUAAAAACUAUAAUCCAAUCGGGCCUGGUCGUUACAACAUACCAGAGGUGUGGCUGAACAAGAGCAAAUACAGCCAUAGAUCAUCGUUUUUAUCUGGCACAAAGCGCUACUUACACUCUCCCGAAAGAGAUAAGUUUUACCAGGAGAGACUCAGGCCUGCCAAUGUCCCUUUGAAAAGCAGAUAGAUUCUCUUACAACCAGAGGGUCCCUAUAAAUGAGUAAGAAUUCCAAGAGGCAGUAUUUUAGCUUAUAAAUACAUUCAUUUCUACAGCACAAUAUGCAGUAUAUCAGCAUGAGUUUUCCUAUUUGUAUUUUUCUUUGAAGUAAACUAAUGCCAAAA